GGGACAGACACCUCUUUAUAAGUCAGCAGCUCUGGAAGAGUCCAUCAGAAGCAGAGGACUAGAAGGAGAGACAAGAAGCUGUGGCUCUCUCCUAAUUGGUCGAUACCAUGAUUCCUCUUCAAGUUUUCAUUUCAGGCCUCAUCCUGCUUCUCCCAGUCACAGGUGCUGUGGAUUCUUACACAGUAGUGCAGGGGCUGGUGGGUCACCCUGUCACACUUCCGUGUACUAAUUCUACCCCCCUUGAUGGAUUUGUUCCCUCGUGUUGGGGCCGAGGGAAAUGCCGCGAUUCUUAUUGCUUGAGUUCACUUAUCUGGACCAACGGACAUAAGGUCACAUAUCAAAGGAAAAAACGAUACCAGCUAAAGGAGAAUAUUUCAGAAGGAAAUGUGUCCUUGACCAUAGAGACCACGGAUAUGAGUGAUGGCGGUCACUAUUGCUGUAUAGUGGAGAUACCCGGAGCGUUUCAAUUUGGAGACUAUUUGUUGGAAGUUAAACAAGAAAUUACAAGUCCUCCAGCAAGACCCACAACUACCGGACGACCCACAACUAUUUCAACAGGAUCCACACAUGAACCAUCAUCAACAAGAGUCUCUGCCUCUACUCCAACACCAGCACACACACGAACUCACAAACCAGGUGCGGUGGAUUCUUACACAGCAGUGCAGGGGCUGGUGGGUCACCCUGUCACACUUCCGUGUACUUAUUCUCCUUCCCUUGAUGGACAUGUUCCCUCAUGUUGGGGUCGAGGGAAAUGCCGUGAUUCUUAUUGCAUCAGUACACUGAUCUGGACGAAUCGAUAUAACGUCACAUAUCAAAGGAGCAAACGAUACCAGCUAAAGGGGAAUAUUUCAGAAGGAAAUGUGUCCUUGACAAUAGAGAACACGGGUAUGAGUGAUGGCGGUCACUAUUGCUGUAUAGUGGAGAUACCCGGAGCGUUUCAAUUUGGAGACUAUUUGUUGGAGGUUAAACCAGAAAUUACAAGUCCUCCAACAAGACCCACAACUACAGGAAGACCCACAACUACAGAAACCCACAACUAUUUCAACAGGAUCACACAUGAACCAACAUCAACCAGAAUCUCUGCCUCUACUCCAACACCAGGACACACACGAACUCACAAACCAGACUGGAAUAACACUGUGACAUCCUCAGACAACUCUUGGGAUAAUAGCACUGCAGCAAUCCCUCCACAGAAGCCACAGAAAAACCUGACUAAGGGCUUCUAUGUUGGCAUCUCCAUCGCAGCCCCGCUGCUGCUGCUGCUUGUGAGCACUGUGGUUAUCACCAGGUACAUUGUUAUGAAAAGGAAGUCGGGCUUUCUGAGCUUCCCUGUGCCUAAGAUCAGAAGUUUACAGAACACAGUGAUUGUGCGGUCCAAAAGUGAAGACAAGGUCUACAUUAUUGAAGGCACUUCUAACCCUGAAGAACAGUCCCAGUGGCCCUCUGAGGUGCCUUCUGCCUGA